AUGGGCACCUUGAUGGACACAGCUCACCGACCCAUCAUUUCCUCAACCAACUAUAACGAACCACCACCCAGCUCCCCGCUACCAACCAAUUACAGUCAUCAUGUCUCCAUGCACCUGCAACACCUGCUCCUGCAAGGGCGACUGCUCUAG